CCGACGCAUCUUUGGCUUGACACUGUCCCCAAGAAGCGCUGAACUAUUAUAAGAUAGGAAUCGUAUUUUUUUCUUCCACUGUCUUGUAUAAAUAAUUUUUGCUAUUUUUUAAUUUGUGUAAUAUGUUGAUACCGCAGAUUUUAUUUCGCUGUUGGUAAUUCCACAGAAGUGUUGCUUAUUUUGUACACUGUGUACUCAUGUCUGAUAAAGACACUUUUCCACACGUUUGCUUCAUUGAUUGCCUUAUUAAGGAGCUGCAGAAGUGAACAUCAGGAGUGACUGAAGACCUGCUACCAACCACAAUGCGCAACCGUCUUGGGGGCUUGCGUGACCAUACCGACGUGCACGAAGCCUGGUUUUUAUUCAUUAGGCUGUAAAUGGAUCGCUCUGUGCUAGUAUCACCCUGUAUGGAUUACUCGAUGCCUUUUUGAAACACUAUUUAUAGGCAGGCUUUCGCUGGAGUAGCCAUUUAACAAAUAAAACACGUGAGAAGAAUGGGGUACAAGAUCCCAGGAGCUGCAAUGGAUCGUGUUAGCCUGCUUUGGCGUUUGAGGCGUCGAGCCCGUCGAGGCGUUUUUUGCAUGGUGCUUUUUUGCAUGACCAUGGCUGUACUGUAUACCCUGUGUGCUGAAAACAGUGUCCCCGUUACUGAUGCCAUUUUUGGGGUGAGGGCAAGGACUCGAGCACAGCCAAGGGCACACUCCAUUGUAAAGGUGCUUCGUGGAGCGGGUGGAACAAAACCAAUGUAUGUGGACCCUCAAAAACUCCCAGGUGUUAUUCCUGGAGAUCCUCAAAAGCCUAUUCCUGUCCUCUCAUCCUUAAACCACUCAAUGCUGGCAAGUCAAAAGGAGCAGCACUCAGGGAGCAAAGAAAAGGAACAACAUGGGCUUCUCGCCUGGUUAUUGGGCAGACCAUUAAGGCGUGCACUUGAGACUAUACUGGGGGCCCGAAAAAGAGCUGAUACAGCCAGCCAAAAAAUGGAAGAUUUUUUUGUUGCCAAAAAAGUGAUCUGGAAUGAUGAGAUGUCAAGUAGUAUGCUGGGAAAAAGGCUGAAGAAGGUGGUGCAAAACUAUCAGGCGAUGAAUAAAUAUGGCGUGAGUCUCAGUUCAGAAGCUGGAAAAAGAGGGAAAAAACUGAGCGGUCCAGAGCUAUUGUGUCAACUCAAAGAGACGGUGAAAAUUACCACGUUAAUGCCAGAGAUGGAGCCAUUUGCUAAAUUUCUCUGGGCCUUCCAGCUGCCUGCACAACCCUUGACCACUGCAAUUGGCCCAUUUAAAACAUGUGCUGUUGUGUCAUCUGCAGGUUCUCUGCGAAACUCCAAGUUAGGAAAAGAGAUUGAUGCCCAUGACGCUGUGGUACGAUUCAAUGCUGCACCCACUAUUGGCUUUGAGAAAGACGUUGGCUCUAAGACUACAGUGCGCCUGAUUAAUUCCCAGGUGAUGUCAUCAGAAGAUCACCACUUUCUGUCCAGUUCUUUAUACAGCAGUGGAAUGUUAGUGGCCUGGGAUCCUGCCCCUUUCUCUUCUGACCUAAAUGAGUGGUACAACAAAACAGAUUAUCCGAUAUUUAAACAAUAUCAGAGGUACAGAAGGCUGCACCCGCAACAGCAGUUUUAUAUCCUACAUCCCAGCAUGGAAUGGCAGCUAUGGAAGCAGCUACAAGACAAUAUGGCUGAGCCUAUUCAGAAGAACCCACCUUCCUCAGGCCUACUAGGGACAGUAUUAAUGAUGUCACUAUGCGACGUGGUCCAUGUGUAUGAGUUCCUGCCGUCACGGCGCAAAACCGAGCUAUGCCACUACUAUCAGAACUUCAAAGAUGCAGCCUGCACCAUGGGGGCCUACCACCCUCUGCUCUACGAGAAGAACUUGGUGAAGAGGAUGAACCAGGGAUCUGAUGAAGACAUCUACAAUCAUGGCAAGGUGACGCUACCUGGAUUCAACACGUUUGACUGUACACAGACUACCAACUCUUCGAAUUCUUCAAAGGCAUAAAUUAAAGAUUGUAUUUGUUCAACUUAGCAUUUGGAAUGUAACUGUAUUAUUUAUCGCAUGACUUAAUGUAUGACUAUUGGAGCUGAUUUAGGAAAAAUAAGAUAAUUUGUUGGAAGCUGGCUCUUUCCCCAUAAGCUGUACAAAGUUUUGUUUACAAGUCUAUAAGUUAUAUUGUAUAUUAUAUUAUACGUUGUUAAUGAUAUUGCUUGAAUACCUAAAGAUCACUUAUUUACCAUUUCCAGUGCAGAAAAGGUACAUUUUAAGCACUACAGUGACAUGGAUACACAUGGACAAAGUAGGCAGGUUAUUAGUAACAGGAAAUGUGCUUUGUGCCUAUAUUACCAACUGUAGCUCAUUUGUUGCUAUGCAGAAUUUGUCAGUCCAUCAUUGAAAAGAGACAGUAUGAGAUCAGCACUGGCCUAAUGUUAUUUUGUUGGUUGUCCAUUUUGCAUGGCAGUGACACUGACAAAUCAGUCAAAAUGUGUUGUUUCUUAUUUUUUCAUUAUUUGAAGUAAUCCUAUUAUGAUGCCUUUUCCUUGAAGUAACUUGAUAAAUUUGGCCAAACAUAAGGUCGAGGAUAUUGAAGAGGAUAAAGAUGGAGCACAUAAACUUAAUGUACUCCAGUUUGGUGCCCAGUUCAGGGAAUGUGUUCAAAGGGAAUUAUGUUGGUCAAUAAAGAAACAGUUUAGCUUUUGCUCAAAUAUAUUUGGAAAUGCAAUACUGUGCAAUAGUGAGAGACCAUUCAUUUCUUUUCUUUCAAAUAGCCUCAAAAUGUUUUAUUUUUAAUUAUGAACAAUUAUUAUGAGAAAAUAAAUGAAGAGAAAUGUU